CUCUCGGCUUUGUCUUCGCUAGCCGACCAAUUGUUGGGCCGCCGCUAGCAGGAGCCAGGUCGCGCCGACAGCAGCAGUUGGAAGAGGAUCCAUGGGGAAGGAGGCGACGCUUGCGUUCACGCCCACCUGGGUGGUGGCCAUCGUAUGCCUCGUCAUCGUCUCUAUCUCCCUCGCCGCUGAGCGCUCACUCCAUUACCUCGGCAAGUAUCUGGAGUGUAAGAAGCAGAAAGCGCUUUUUUCAGCUCUACAGAGACUAAAAGAAGAGCUAAUGCUUCUCGGAUUCAUUUCAUUCGUCCUGAGUCUCUCCCAAGGUUUUAUUGUUAGCAUUUGCAUUCCAGAAACUUCUACUGACUUCAUGCUUCCAUGCAAUAGAGGCAACUCCAGAGUUGCAGAAGAAGGUGCUAAAAUUUGCAACAAAAAGGGUGAUGUUCCCUUGCUAUCACUGGAGGCAUUACAUCAGCUGCACAUUUUCAUAUUUGUACUUGGUUUAGUCCAUGUUGUGUUCUGCGCUACAACAAUAUCAUUUAGUGGGGCCAAGAUGAGAAAGUGGAAGCAUUGGGAAACAGAAAUUCACAGAGAAGUACAUGAGAAGUUGGUUGCAGUACAGCAAGAAAAGAAUGAAGGACAAGGGUCAUCAUUGAGUAUUGUUGUGCUACAUCGGGAGCACCAGGAUGAAUUUGUCCACAAGCGGACAAAGGGAUUUUGGAUGAAGCUCGCUGUUGCAAGCUGGAUAACUGCAUUCUUGAAGCAAUUUCAAGAUUCAGUGAGUAAAUCAGAUUAUGAAGCACUUAGAUCAGCUUUUGUCGUGGAACACUAUCCCGAGAAACCAGAUAUUGAUUUCCACAAAUACAUGACUCGCGCUGUUGAAUAUGAGUUUAAAAGAGUUGUUGGUAUCAGCUGGUAUCUGUGGCUUUUUGUAAUCUUAUUCCUGCUGCUGAAUAUAAAUGGAUGGCACACAUACUUCUGGUUGGCUUUCUUGCCUCUAUUUCUGUUACUUAUUGUUGGUGCCAAACUAGAGCACAUUAUCACUCGGUUGGCUCAAGAGGCAGCGAUAUCAUUAUCAAAUAAUACAGAGGAAGUUCCGAAAAUAAAGCCAUGCAAGGACCAUUUCUGGUUUCACAAGCCUGAGCUAGUCCUUCAUUUGAUCCAUUUCAUCCUGUUCCAGAAUUCGUUCGAGAUUAGUUUUUUCUUCUGGAUUCUGGUAUCAGAAGGUUUCGGUUCGUGUAUGAUGGAACGGAAGCCUUAUGUCAUUUCCAGACUUGUUAUCGGGGUGAUCAUCGAAGUCAUCUGCAGCUAUAUCACGCUGCCACUAUACGCCAUCGUGACCCAUAUGACCGGACAGAUCAAGCUGCAUGGUUUUGGCUCCCGCGUGCACGAGAGUGUCCAUGGCUGGAUCGGCUUGAGGAAGAAACCCUUCUCGUUCUGGAAGAUUCCCGGCGGUGACCCUAACGCUGAUUCCGGCAGGGAGGCCGACGUAACCCGCAGGGUGGCCAAGGAGCGGUCGGGGAGCUCGCGCAGCAUGCCGAUGGCGCCGGCUGACGAGAUCGUCACCGUCGACGACGUCGCGGUGGCUGCAGCUGCCGUUGGCCAAGGACCAUAAAAUUCCUAGCUAGCAAACACCAGCAGGGAAGGCAGGCAGGCUGCCGAGGUACCGUGCGCAGCGGGUUGAUGGGUCGGACGCUGCGGAAAAUUCCUCGUGUCGGGAGCAGGCUGGGCGGCCGCGCCCGCGCCCGCGCGCUGUAGCUCUGAUCGCGUGUUGUAACGUCAACGUCAUCUCGUGUAACGGUACGGGCAGGACGGGACGCGUCGUCCCCAUGCCUGCUCCCGUGCUAGGGCCGGCCGCCAGGCGUUGUGGCAUGUCACGUGCGACGUUGCAGCGCGACGCUACAACGUUGUAUGUGGGCUGUGGCACAGCCAGCCGGCGCGUCAUUGGCCCUGGCCCAGCAUGGCCUGCUGCUGCUGCCUUGUGCCGGCCGUACCUUGCUGUAAAGGAAAGCUGGGCGUACAUAACCCAUUAUCCAUGGCUCACUGCGAUCUAUUGCAAUGUAGCAGGCAGGUGAGCGUUCUCAA